CGGAAGUGAUGCCGGAAUGGGGGAGGGGGGUAGGUGGGAAAGAAUCGGUGCCUUUGGCUGAAACCCAAGAUGGCGGCGGGGAUGUACCUGGAACACUACCUAGAUAGUAUUGAGAAUUUGCCAUUUGAACUACAGAGAAAUUUUCAGCUUAUGCGAGAUCUCGACCAGCGAACAGAAGAUCUUAAAUCAGAAAUUGAUAAAUUAGCCACCGAGUAUAUCAGCAAUGCACGGACACUGUCUUCAGAGGAGAAGCUGGGUCUCCUUAAGCAAAUCCAGGAGGCCUAUGGAAAAUGCAAGGAGUUUGGGGAUGACAAAGUGCAGCUGGCUAUGCAGACAUAUGAAAUGGUGGAUAAGCACAUACGGCGGCUGGAUACAGAUCUUGCCAGGUUUGAAGCUGACUUAAAAGAGAAACAGAUUGAAUCAAGUGAUUAUGACAGCUCGUCUAGUAAAGGCAAAAAGAAAGGUCGGGCCCAGAAAGAGAAGAAAGCUGCCCGUGCUCGCUCCAAGGGGAAAAACUCUGACGAGGAAGCACCAAAGACAGCCCAGAAAAAGCUGAAAUUGGUCCGCACUAGCACAGAGUACGGGAUGCCUUCAGUUACCUUUGGAAAUGUGCACCCUUCGGAUGUGCUGGAUAUGCCUGUGGAUCCGAAUGAGCCCACCUACUGCCUCUGCCACCAGGUCUCCUAUGGAGAGAUGAUUGGUUGCGACAACCCAGAUUGUUCCAUUGAAUGGUUCCAUUUUGCUUGUGUGGGAUUGACAACAAAGCCAAGAGGGAAAUGGUUUUGUCCUCGCUGUUCCCAAGAGAGGAAGAAGAAAUAAAAUUGAUUUCUUCUUAGGUCCUGACAGUUGUUGCCAGAACACCCAACCCUGCCCCCGGACUUCAGUGCUCUUCUCCCAGUUUGUGGGGCCUCAUACUUAGGGGGUCUUACCCUGUGAAUGGUUUGUAUUCAUAUGAUGGUUCCUGUGUGUACUGAAAUACUCACUUUUUGCUCUUGAGGGGGAGAUGGAGUGAGCCCUCUUCUUUCCUGCAGCCCUUUACCCAGCACAGGUUUCAAAGCCUGUAUGAGCUAAAGGAACCAAGACUUGUUGGUGGGAGAAGGAAUGAUACCUGAAUAGCUAAUAGAAGAAGCAAAGUCUUCCUUCCGACUUUGUUAAGCCCUGUCCCAGAAGAGGGGCAACCAGGCCAGUCCUUUAUCCAGUCAGUGAAUUUAGAAGACAGGCCUCUUAUUCUUUCGCUCCCUCCACAACAUUCCAUUUUUUUAUUCCAAGGGAGAGGAACCAUUUAGAGCCAGCUGGAGUAUGUCUCAUUUUCUUCAUGGGGAAAGUCUUCUGUAAGGUGAGAUUUCCCUGCUGCCUGCUAAAUGAAGUGUUUGUGGAUUUGUAACAGAGGCCAGCCAUUCUCCACUCCUCUCUUGGUGGUGCUUGUUUUUGGGGGAAACCCCAUGUUGUAAAAUAUAGCAUUAAAUAAAUAAAGACAAUUCAACAAA